AAGAGACCCACGUUAACUCCAUAAUCUUCGUAAUAUCUUAUGAGUUAUGUUGUGAGGAAUAAGAUGUACAUUUUUGAAUUCUGUGAUUACUACUUAGGCAGAAAGUUUUAAACUCCAGUUCACGAAAACAAAAUAUAUUCAUAUUGAUCGAUAGUUGACUGCAAUUUACACAGUAGGACUAAAACUAUGAGUGUUGAAAUACCAAAUCAUCUGUUGGUCGUUAUGAUCCGUUCGUUGGUGUUGGACGGUGAUCCUGAAUUAAAGAAAGAAGUUCUAGAACAUUUGCUCAGGUUGACUGCCAACAAAAACGAAAACAACAAAAUGUUAUUGGACAAUAUGAACGACCUGCUGGAAGGAUUAUUUAAAGUUUUAGAAACUGAUGUUAUGAAUGCUAAGACUGCAUGCUUGUGUUUGGUUAAUAUUUCGGCUAGACAAAAAGGCUUGAAUAACAUAUUAUCAUACAUACAAAACAAUAGUACGGUUAUAUCCAAAAUGAUUAAAUUCAUAAGUUCUGAAACACCAGAAAUUGCAAAUGCAGUAUUAAUGUUUUUGUGUAACAUUACUCGUGAAAAAGCCCAUGCCACCCAGGUAUAUGAAAAAUUCAUUGAUCCUGUUACAACAUUGGAAUCUUUAAUGAAAAUAUUUAAUACACGAGAUGUAAAAAAAGAAAACAAUUAUGACUACAUAUCUUAUCUUUUAUCUAAUUUAUGCCAAUUGCAUGAAGUUCGAAUCUGGUUAAUGGAUAGCGAUAAUUUGCAAAAGUUGUUAUCAUUUUUAAGUCACAGUAGUUUAAUUCGUAAAGCAGGAGUUAUAAUGACAAUAAAAAAUUGUUGUUUCGAGUUAGAUAAGCAUGAAUGGUUAUUAAAUGAAGAUUUGGACUUGUUACCACGUAUUCUUCUUCCUUUAGCUGGUCCUGAACAGUUUGAUGAUGAAGACAAUGAAAAACUACCUUUAGACUUACAAUAUUUACCUGAAGAUAAAGAACGAGAAUCUAAUCCAAAAUUAAGAUUGGCGCUUUUGCAAGCACUGACUCAGUUGUGUGCUAAAAGAGACUGUAGAGAAAAAAUUAGAGAUCAAGGAACAUACCUUAUAUUACGAGAAUUACAUAAAUGGGAACCAAAUAUGGAAUUGAAAUUGGCUUGUGAAAACAUAGUGGAUAUAUUAAUCAAAACUGAAGAUGAAAUUGGUGCUGAUAAUUUCCAUGAUUUGAACGUACCAGAAGAAUUGUUAGACAAAUUUGCAAAAAUGGAUGAAGCUUAUUUAAGUUGAUAUUGUAUCAGUGAAAUGUGUUAUUCCAUUUAAUUAAGAAUCUGGUUUGAUUUAUCCAACACGGUGAAAUAGACGUCUGUCUUCAACUUAUCCAAACUACUUAUUUGGGAGGCUUGCCACCUUAGAAAAUUAAAAUAAAUCUACAAAAAUUAAUAAAUAA